CUCCCGAAAGUAACUCUGGAAAUCCCGCAUCACGCCAUUGGAGACACCGGACCAGACUAGAGACCUCGAAAUCGAAUCGCCUCACUCACGCCGUUUCCAUUCGAAUCCUCCUCACCUCCGUUGCUUAGCUUCUGAGUUUCAGCUUUCCGGUUUACAGCGUCCUCUCCUCCCUCACCUGCUGGCUGCGCCUCCGGUUCGUGACUCCGACAACGUCUCCGAGACCUGUCCAUUGCAAGGGUGUUCGUCGUUCACCUUACUCCUCCAUUCCCUCCAUUCUCCCUGCUUCGUCUUCUUCCUUCCUACCUUGUUUUCUGCCUCUAAAGAUGGAUGAAUAUCAAGAGAUGGAGAGAUUUGGUAUGGAUAAUGAUUUUGAAGGCGGUGAAUGGAUUGGUGGUGAGUUCUACUAUCGAAAGCGCAAAGAAAAACGCACUCAAACUAGAGAAGAUGUUCUUUAUGGGGUGUUUGCAGACUCUGAUGAUGACGAUGAUGAUUAUUCAAGCAGAAAACGGAGAAAAGAUCGUGACUUAUCUAAGAAGCCUGACCUCAGCAAGCCUGUGAAUUUUGUCUCUACUGGAACUUUUAUGCCUAAUCAAGAUGAUAACCAUUCUAAAGAACAGAUUGAAGAAGAAAGUUAUGCUAGUGAGGAUAGGCCAGGUUUAGGUCUUGGCAUGGGGACUUCUAGCACUUCUGGUUCUGGGUUAGGUUUUAAUACCAGUCAUCGUGAAAAUGCUUCUGAUGGUGAUAAUGAUGAUGAUGGUUUUCUGCCUACAGCGUUUGGAAAGAAGAUUCAUGAGGGAGCAAUGAGAAGGGAGAAGGAAAAGGAGAGAGCAAAAUUGGAGAAGAAGAGAGCUCAAGGGAAAACUCAAGCUGAAGAUGGAUUUUCAGAUGUUGGGAAGUUUGAGAAGUAUACAAAGGGGAUUGGAAUGAAGUUGUUGGAGAAAAUGGGCUAUAAAGGAGGUGGUCUUGGGAAGAAUGAACAGGGUAUUGUAGCUCCUGUUGAGGCCCAUAUGAGGGCCAAGAAUACAGGCAUUGGAUUUAAUGACUCGAAGGCCACAACUCCUUUGCCAAGUGUGCAAGUUGAGAAGACAGCAUUGCCAGGAGUUGCUCAACCUACGACUGUCAGAGCAAAGGAAAGAUUAUGGUCAAAGAAAUCAAGGUCAAAGAAGAAGAAAGAUGAGGAAGAUUAUAUUACUGCUGAGGAAUUGUUAGCAACCAAUCAAGAACAGGGUCUGGAGGUUGUUCAGAAGGUUUUUGAUAUGAGAGGGCCACAGGUUCGAGUAAUUACAAAUUUGUCUGAUUUGAAUGCUGAGGAGAAGGCUAAGGAAAAUGAUGUUCCAAUGCCAGAGCUUCAACAUAACGUGGGGUUAAUUGUUAGGUUGGCUGAGGUAGAUAUCCAAGAGAUUGAUAGAAAUUUGAGGGGAGAGAGGGAGACGGCACUUAGCUUGAAAAAAGAAAAAGAGAAGUUAGAAAUUGAGGCAGCACACCAAAAAAAGCAGUUGGAAGAUUUGGAGCAAAUAACAAGUGUGCUGGACCGAGUCGGAGAAGAGAACUCAAUGGGGACAUUGACAUUGGAUUUGCUUGCCCAGUGCUUUGCUGACUUGCGGAAAAGAUACACUCAUAGCUACAAGUUGUGUAACUUGUCAUGUAUUGCUUGCUCAUAUGCUUUGCCUUUGUUUAUUAGAGUAUUCCAAGGAUGGGAUCCUCUUCGAAAUCCAUCACAUGGGUUAGAAUUGGUAUCACGGUGGAAAACAUUGCUUCAAGAAGAAGAGUGCCUUGAUAUCUGGGAUGUAACAUCACCUUAUACUCAAUUGAUUUCUGAAGUUGUAUUACCAGCUGUUAGGAUUUCAGGCAUCAAUACCUGGCAGGCACGUGAUCCUGAGCCAAUGUUACGGUUUCUGGAGUCAUGGGAAAAGUUGCUUCCUUCUUCAGUUCUCACAGCCAUGUUGGACAAUAUAGUCAUGCCAAAAUUAUCAAGUGCUGUAGAUACAUGGGAACCACAUCGUGAGACAAUUCCUAUCCAUACUUGGGUGCACCCAUGGUUACCUUUGUUAGGGCACAAGUUAGAGGGAAUGUACCAGAUGAUACGCUUCAAAUUGAGUACUGUUCUUGGUGCUUGGCAUCCGAGCGAUGGCUCUGCUUAUGCUAUAUUGUCACCUUGGAAGACCGUAUUUGAUUCAGUGAGUUGGGAACAGCUCAUGCUUCGAUUUAUUGUGCCAAAGUUGCAGCUUGUCUUGCAAGAGUUCCAAGUGAAUCCAGCUGAUCAGAAACUUGAUCAGUUUUAUUGGGUGAUGAAUUGGGCUUCUGCUGUCCCAAUUCAUCUGAUGGUUGAUAUAAUGGAAAAGUUCUUCUUCACCAAGUGGCUUCAGGUUUUGUAUCAUUGGUUGUGCUCAAACCCUAACUUUGAAGAAGUAACAAAAUGGUAUUUGGGUUGGAAAGAGCUUAUUCCAAAGGAACUUCUGGCUAACGAAAGUAUUAGGUAUCAGCUAAACCGUGGUCUUGAUAUGAUGAACCAGGCUGUUGAAGGUAUGGAGGUGGUCCAGCCUGGCUUGAAAGAAAAUAUCAGCUAUCUUAGGGUACUUGAGCAAAGGCAGUUUGAGGCUCAGCAGAAAGCAGCAGCUAAUGCUCAAACCCAAGCUCCUUCAGGCUUGGGGGGUGCUGCCCAUAUGGAGAGUGCAGCAGGUGUGCAUGAGAUGAGCUUAAAGGAAGUCAUUGAGGCCCAUGCCCAGCAACAUGGUUUGCUAUUCAAGCUGAAACCUGGCAGAAUGCAUAAUGGUCAUCAAAUAUAUGGGUUUGGUAAUGUCAGCAUCAUAAUAGAUUCCCUAAAUCAAAAGGUAUAUGCCCAAACUGAGGAUGCAUGGUCUUUGGAAUCUCUCCAAGGCUUACUGGAGCUGCAUAAUAAGUCCAUUGGUCGGAGACGAGGAUUGUAAGGUGACUUCUAAAGGAGUUUGUGUAAAAAAUUCAGAAAUCUUGGUUCCAUCUACCUAUUCACCAGGCUCAAUGUUUUUGAAGAAUUGUAGAAUGAAAUGAUUCGCGAUUUUGAUUUAGAACUUGAAAUGAUGAUAUCUAGUUCUCCAGCUAAUACUUAUCUUCUGUACGUGUCCGGUGUUAGGCGUCUAAUGUUAUUGGAGACCCACGGAUAUUAAGAGUUACGUUUUUGUUCUAUGCUUUGUAUAAAUGAAGAGUCAGCUUAGUAUAAGUGAAGAGUCAAGAACCUUGAUUCUCAAUGGAUAAUCUUGAGGUUACAAAUUCAUGCCAUACUGCCGAUCAUUGACUUUGAAGAGUAAACUUUGAAGCACGGUUUGUAUGUUUUGUUGAAGGACUGUUCAUCCACAAUGGUUUAUUCGUAAUGCGGGAAGGAGAAGCCUAAAGUGCAGUUCCUGUGUAAAGUAUGAGCUUGGUGUACCCUCCUGCAUACUCAACAUUUUUACUUGUAUAUCAUGAAUAAAAAAUGGUAUAGCAUAAUUAAGACCAGAGCAGUGUGACAUUUAUUACAGCCUGUAACAUCUGGGGUAGUCUCAAUUAGGAAAUCCGUUUGAGGUAUGCUUGUCCAACUCUGUCCCUUCUGCCCUUAAGUGGGCUUAGUCCUUGACUAACGGUAUUUCUAGGUUCUUUUUCUCGUUUUCGUGUAUUACUGGUCUGGUUGUUGAUUACAAGUGUUUAUCGCAUUGCUUCUCAAUCGAACCCGAGUUGAUUAUA